AUGGCCGAAAAGCUGCUGGUGUUCGGGCCGGCCGGCAACGUCGGCCGCCAGAUCCUCCCCCACGUUGUCGGCAACCCCAAGCUCGACGCGUGCCUGGCCUACCACAAGAACAGGCCGCCGCAGUGCGACGAACCCGGAGUGGAGUCGGUGCAGGUAUCCCUGCUCGACCUCGACAGCGUCAAGAAGGCGCUCAGCUGGCAGCCGGACCGCAUCGUCUUCAUGGUGAACUCGGAGGCCGCUACGCUGCCGAUGGGCGAGAACUUUGUUGCCGCCUGCAAGGCCAUGUCGCCAAACGUCAAGCAGAUCGUCUACGUCUCCGAGUGCGACUACGACAAGUACUACCGCACCGACAUUGCCUUCUACAAAGACCAGAUCGCGACGGUGCAGCACGUGCUCGAGUCUGGGCUGCCCGUGACGAGGAUUGAGCCGUCGUGCUUCAUGCAGAACAUCGGCAGCUGGAUGGGGAUGAAGACUGAGCUGGCCAAGGGCACUGGAGUUGUGUCCAUCGGGAUAGAGCCCACGACGCCCCUGGCCUGGGUGGACACUCGAGACAUAGCGGAUGUGGUGGCGAGGGUGCUCGAAAAGGAUGUAGGUCAGGAGGUCGGGAAGCACUAUCGCCUGGUAGGGGACUGUCGCAGCAUGGGGGAGAUGACAGCGAUGCUGAGUGGCGUACUGAAAGAAUGUGAAUCCGAACCUAAGGUGCCGUAUCCGCAGCGGCUGGUGUACAAGCAGACAUCGAGGGAGGCGUUGACGAGGGCUAUGGAGGACGCAGGGAUGGGCGCCGACGUUGCAAGCGAUUUGGCAAAGAUGAUGUCCACCUUUCACGAGGGCCAUUUGGCCAUGCUCGAAAUGACAAGCAGCGAGGAGAUGGAGGGUCUGCUGGGGCGCCCAGCCAUCCGCCUCGAGCAGUACUUGAGGGACAACAAGUCAUUGUGGGAAAGUGCCUGGGCCAGUGGCAAGGACGAUGCUUGA